AUGGAUCUCUUGUUCGGAAGAUGCAAGUUACAAGUCCAGGUCCCGGAAAACGGGCCGUACGAGAAACCUGAACAACUUAUUGGAAAGACCAUUGUUUCCUCGUUUACAAACCUCACUAGACAGUAUUUCGAGGAGCUGGAAGGUGUCAGACCAGGAGAGCCACUCAAAACCAAAAUCAAGUUUGUUGGCGGCUCUGUCGAGGCAAGUUGCGCUUUGGGUGUUGGUGACGCCAUUGUUGACCUUGUUGAGAGCGGCGAGACCAUGAAAGCUGCAGGGUUGCACGCAAUUGGUACCAUUUUGAACACAUCCGCACACCUGAUCAUCUCUAGAAACCCAUCCCACCCUGAGCUUGUCGAAGUGAUUAAAUCGCGUCUCGAAGGUGUUUUGGCUGCUCAGCGCUACGUGCUGUGCAAUUACAACGCUCCAAGAUCGAUGCUUCCAAGCCUGCUCAAGUUGACUCCGGGAAGACGUGCUGCCACCGUUUCUCCCCUCGACGACGGUGAAUGGGUUGCUGUCUCAUCGAUGGUGGAACGUAAGGACAUGGGAAACAUCAUGGACAAGCUCAAAGAGCUGGGAGCGUCGGAUAUCCUUGUCUUCGAGAUCUCCAACUGUAGAGUUUAG